AUGGUAACGGCGGUGGCAGCCGUGCUGGAGCCUCCGUCACGGUCGCCGCUGCGGCGGCGGCACCGGCUGGCGAACGGGGCGGGUGCUACCACCGGCGACUUCGAGCUCCGGCACUGGCGCCCGGCCAAGAAGAGUAGCUCGUCCGGGAUGAAGGGGCGGUGGGUGCCGCCGGAGAUCGAGAUCCCCAGCGGCGAGGAGGGGGGAUACACCAGCCUCCGCGACAUCAUCUCGUCGCCCGAGUACGCCGCGGCCAAGCAGGCUCACUCCCCCGCGGACGGGGCCGGAGGCGGCGGGGACGUGCACAUGAUACGCCACCCGCUCGUGAAGCACGCGGCGUACGCGUACCUGCAGCUCACGCCAUCCGCGCGGGAGGACCCCGGCAGGUUGCGCCGGCGGAGGCGCGGCCCCCUCUGCCGCCUUGUCCUCGGCUGUCUCGGCUUUGUCGGGGCGUUCUUCACGCGGUGA